UCGAACUGAAAUUGACAACGGAUAAGAGAUCGUCUCCAUCUUCUCCAAAGAGAGAAGAAAAAUGCAAUCACUGCCAUAAUUUUCUUCAAUUCCUUCAUCAAUGGCCACCAAGAUUCUUCCUCAGGCCGUGAUUUCUAUUCCAAGAAUCCCCAAUCAAUGUACGCCGAGAAGAUUAGGGUUUUGUUCCGCAAUUUCUUGUACUCGGCUUUCGUUUUCUACUCUUUCCUCGAGUUCAAUCGGCUGCCAUUUUCACCAUACUGUUUCGGCGCCGAUGAAACGGGCGUUUGUUGUGAGAGCUGAGGCGGAUUCCGAAGCAGAGUCGGCGAGCGAUGAGAAAAAUGUGGAAAGAAGCGUUGGAGAAGCUCCUCAAGCUGUAGUAGAAGCAGUAGCGGUGUCUGAUGGCCAGCCUGAGGCGGAGAAGCCGCCGAGAAAGCCUCGAGUUAAGCUUGGAGAUGUAUUGGGGAUACUUAAUAAGCGAGCAAUUGAAGCGUCGGAGAAGGCGAGGCCGAUUCCAGACAUUAGAACUGGUGACAUUGUGGAAAUUAAACUGGAAGUUCCAGAAAAUAGGCGUAGGCUUUCUGUUUAUAGAGGAAUUGUCAUGUCAAAACAAAAUGCUGGCAUCCACACUACGAUUAGAAUUCGCAGAAUUAUUGCUGGUGUGGGCGUGGAGAUUGUUUUUCCGCUGUACUCACCAAACAUCAAAGAGCUAAAAGUGGUGAGCCACAGGAAGGUGAGGAGGGCAAGAUUGUAUUACUUGAGAGACAAACUUCCAAGACUCUCUACUUUCAAGUGAAACACCCCAAUGGAUUGACCAUCAACGUUAUGUUUCUUGUUAUCAUUCAAUAUUUGCACAUUAUUCUUCUGUAUAGCGUCAUUAAUUAUAUAUAUGAGCAGCAGGGGUUUCAUGAAAGGUAAUGUCCUGGAUUUGCUUCUUUACCAUUACUGAUCCCAUUACUUGGCUUCUUCUCAGUUGUUUUUCCUCAUCUUUUAACUUUAAGUUCAUGAAGUUGGGCAUCUCGAGAUCUUUCGGCUGUGAACAAAUUAGCCAUGGUUCUGUCCCUAAUCUUUGAAGACUGGAAGGUUUGGUCUUUCCAUCCUUCAAUCAGGCGUCUUUACUUCUAACUUUUCCUUUUAUAGUUUGGUUUUUACGUCCUUUGUAUCCUUCAUUCGAGUAGCAACUUCACAUGGCACCUAAGAAACUGAGUAGUUGUCCGAAAGAUUAGUUGAUGAGUCAUCUGGUAAUCGCAGGGAUUUUGGAACUAUGGCAAGUCAGAGCCUUUACUUCCUUCAGGUUCAAGGAGAAUCGGGGCGAUUGACACGAUCAAAGGUCAGUUUCGAUUUAUCUAUGUCUUUAGUGGUUGUUUGUAUCUUUGUCUUUAGUAUAGAUACACACACAUACACAUUAUUUUGAAUAAAGAUCUUAUUUUCUA